GUAAAUUCCAAAACCUGUUCGAAGACGAAAACCCAUGGACUGUGACGUGGGCCCACCCAACUCACGUCACCACAUACACCUUGUAUUCAUUCUCCUCUAAAGAAAUUCUUGAUCCUACAAAAUUUUCCAGGAAAAAAUAAAAGGUUGAUUCUUGGGAGAAAAAUUGGAUCUUUUUCGGUGAAAGUCUACAUUUUUCCGUUCAAGUAUGGAAAAUUCAGGAGCUGGUGGUGAGGUGAAUAAAGAAGCAGCUGAUUAUCAUGUAACGCAGAGCCGUUCAAGAUUAGAAUCAGAGGUUGAAGUGUUUGAUUUGAUCUGGUUGAUGGGCUGUUGAAUUUUGGGUGUCUUUGUUUAUUUAUUUAUUUUCUUUUUCUGGUGCUGGAGUCUGUAGUUUUCCCUUGGCUGUAAUAUGCUUGUUAAAAACUAUGGUGUUCAGUAAAAGUAGAGAGAAUUUAGAACCUUUCUCUAUGUGUGUGAGUUAGUGACUGCUUUGCUCUCUAAAGCUAGAAUAGAAAGAAGAAAAGGAGAACUAAUUGUGUGAUGCUGAAUAGGCUUCUUAUCUUAUUUUAGUGGUCAAAUUAUGCUUGUAUUAUAAUUAUAAUGGUGGUAGAUAAUUGGGAUAUUUGAUACUAUAUCAGUAUAGAUCCCCUAAACCCUUCACUAUUUAACUAUGUUGUAUUCAAUUUAUAUGCAUAUUCAUCUCAAAAGACAACAAAAACAGAAAUAGUUUAAUAUCUUGUUAAUUGUUGAUAGUAGCUUUUCCUCUUCUGAGUUUAGGCCAUUGAAAAUGCAGCCUAUCUUUUAUAUCAUAUAAUGCAAUCUUGUGUUUCUAGCCACUUUUUAGUACAUGGACUAUGUCUUGUGAAUCUAGCAACAAUUUGUUAAAUGUUUGAGUAAUUUAGAAAAUCUUCUGCUCAAUUAUUCAGAUUUUUCAUAUCCCAUUCUUAGCUAGACAAGAAUGCUCUUAUUUGAGUAAUUUGGUAAUGGCCAUUUUGCCAUGGGCCAUGGCCAUGUGGAAGACAAAAAUGUUAAUAGAGUAUGAUUCAACUGGAGUCGAAGGCUUCCUUAUCAAAACGAAUGGCAUGUGGAAGACGUGUUAGAUCUCCAGUUUUUGGGAAUCAUUUCUGAAUUCCCAAUUUUCUCAACUCUUCAAUGACAAUUUUUGAUGCUGAAUCUGUUGGUAGAAUGUCCACAAAUACGGCUGCUAAUCCAGAGCCAAGUACACUGCCUACAGAUCUAACUCUUCAAAUACCCCCAAGGCCGGGGAAUUUCUCAAAAAGUCGCAGUGGCAAGGGCUUCCUUCAGUCGAUCAGCUUUAAAAAGAUGAAAGCUGUUUCGGAGGGUGAAAGAAGCUCUCUUCUCAGUUCAGAUUCUAAGGCACCUCCCCCAGGAAGCCCCACCUUUUCAGAUAUCUCGCCUUGGCCAAAGUGCGCCUCCGUUCCAGUAACGCCUGCCUCGUACUUGUCCCCUAGGACACUCAGUGAAAGGCAAAGAACACAUGAAGCUGCGGCUAGAGUUGCUGUUUCGAGGUCACUCUCUGUGCCAGGGAGGAGGAGUUACUUCAUCGUGAGAUCUUUAUCGUUAAACUCCUGCGAAAACCAAGCUUCAAAUAGUAAUAGCGAUCAAUUAAGUCCUGCUUCUGUCCACGACGAUCAAGAGAUUCCCGAAGAGGAAGCUGUGUGCAGGAUCUGUUUCGACACCUGUGAAGAAAGAAAUACACUGAAGAUGGAGUGCCUUUGUAAAGGAGCACUCAAACUUGUUCACCGAGAAUGUGCAAUCAAAUGGUUUCGCAUAAGAGGCAACAGAAACUGCGACGUCUGUGGUAACGAAGUCGCAAAUCUACCCGUCACUUUGCUUCGAGUAGCGCCACCUGCUCAAAGAGACACCGGAGAAUUGAGCACACAGCAAUCCAUAAGUGCCUGGCAAGAUUUUGUGGUGCUCGUGUUGAUUACCACGAUAUGCUACUUCUUCUUCUUCGAGCAGCUACUGACCGAGGAUAUGAAAACCGAAGCACUUAUGAUUUCUGCACCAUUUGCUUUCACUUUGGGUCUCACUUCGUCGAUUUUUGCUAUUGUUGUUGCACUGAAAGAGUAUGCAUGGACUUACGCAGCGCUUGAAUUCGCUCUUGUGGCCUUGGUUCUCCACAUUUUCUAUUCUUUGCUUCACUUUUCAGCAAUUUACGCCAUCCUGAUUGCGUCGUUCUUAGGGCUUGGAACGGCUGUGCUCCUCAACACUAUAUACACACGGUUUUGCUGCUGGCGGUCUCGAGACACCCAGCCCUCCGAGCCAGUGUGACAACAUCCAAGAGAAAUGAAGUCGGAGAAACACACUGUCUAUGUCCUUGUAGUGCUGCAUGAUGUGGCAGGAACGUCGCCUCAGCAGUAAAAGAACGAACCCAUCUGAGGACCACUGCAGAAGCUCACGUGCAUAUUGAGAAGCACGUCGGCCCACGCCUCCCUGUCGAGGCUCUAUCAAGGAGUCUGCAAGGUUGUGAAAAUUUGCAUUUUGGUGGUGCUGUGUAAACAGAUUCAAGAUAUAUUAUCUGCUAUUGUUAAGAUAUGAUAUACAUUUUUGUUCCUUUUAUAAGCAUCAUGUACUCUACUAUGUACUUCCAAAACACUUCAUCAAUUAUAAAUAGGAAAUUAGAAA